AAGUACAAAAUUAUUGUGAGACGAAUCAGCCGUGUGAGCGACUGUCGUUGCUUUAGUUUUCCUUGACGACGUAUUUCUGCGCUAAAAUAAGUAAUUUGCAAUACUUUUAGUGUAUUUUUAAUGAUAUUGACCGCUCAGGAGAUAGACAAAGUUAUUGUGUUUGUGUAGACAACUUGCAUGAUAUUUUAAAACAUAAACAUUGAAGUGCAAGUGCCAGAACUUAACGUGAAAAAUAUUUUCAUUUCAUUAAAUUACUAAACAUUUGUUUGAGUGAGAGGAACUGCGAUCAAAAACACAUUUCGUGGAAUCUCCAAAGAAGACUGAUAUGAAUUAAGACUAAUGUAUAGAUGAAUAUUACGCCAAGAUGUUCAAGCUUUUGGGAGGACUUAGUGUCUACUUCAAAUACCAGCCAAUCAGGACAGACAAUGCUGUGUUUAGACUCCACAAUGUCUUCACGACAGUGUUGCUCCUCACGUGUUCUAUGAUCAUUACCGCUACGCAGUACGUGGGGCAGCCGAUACAAUGUAUAGUAAAUGGUCUACCGGUCCAUGUGGUGAAUACUUUCUGCUGGAUUACGUCUACGUUCACUAUGCCUGAUGCCUUCGCCAGAGAGGUCGGCAAAGAAGUGGCGCACCCAGGUGUCGCAAACGAGUUCGACAGCACACAGGAGAAGAAAUAUUACACCUACUAUCAGUGGGUCUGCUUCGUGCUCUUCUUCCAGGCAAUAAUGUGCUACACACCCAAGUUCCUGUGGGACGCCUUCGAGGGCGGUCUGUUGAGGACUAUAGUGAUGGGGCUCAACGUCGGAGUCUGCCACCAAGAGGAGAAAGAGAAGAAGAAGGACGUUAUUAUAGGAUAUUUGCUGAGGCACGAAAGGACGCACAAACUUUACGCGCUUCGGUAUUGGGGCUGCGAGCUGCUCUGCCUCGUUAAUAUCAGCGUGCAGAUGUGGAUGAUGGACAGCUUCUUCGACGGAGAGUUCCUGUCCUACGGCACCAGGGUACUAGGAUACAGUGAAGUUCCUCAAGAAGAAAGAUACGACCCAAUGAUCUACGUGUUCCCGCGCAUAACAAAAUGUACAUUCCACAAGUUUGGUGCGUCCGGCACGAUACAGACUCACGACAGCCUCUGUCUCCUGCCGCUGAACAUCGUCAACGAGAAGACAUAUAUCUUUCUUUGGUUCUGGUACAUCAUACUGUUGGUGGUGUUGUCCCUGCUAGUGCUCUAUAGAUUAGUGAUAAUUUUCGCGCCGUCAGUGCGGCCGCGGCUACUGCACGCGAGGUCCAGGACUAUACCGAUGGAGACAGCCGUGGUGAUCUCCAGGAGAACAGACCUUGGAGACUGGUGGCUGCUGUAUAUGCUCGCUAGGAACAUGGACCCGCUCAUAUUCAGCGAGCUGCUGUCGGAGCUGGCGAAGCGCUUGGGCGAGAAGACAGCCCCGCGCGCGUGACGUCAGCGUGCGCCGCCCCCGCCCCCGCCCCCGCCCCCGCCCCCGCCCACCAUCGCCAUCCUCAGCGAAUGACCUCCGCACGCCUCUGCCAGCCUGGUAACUCUUUCUACAUACUCGAAUUUUCUGGACAAGAUUUAAACUUCAGUUGACUUAUGUUAUUCUGGUAACUCCAACUAGAUUCUUGUAUUACGCUGCAUAAAGAAGGGAUGCAGGUAAACGGAAGAAAGAGAAGAGUAAGGUUUUCCUUUUCUGUUGUAUAUGUGCAUCUCUUUCUUUUGAUGAGUUGCAGAGCGAUAGAUUGCAAGACAAAUUGCAAAGUGUUUAGAAAGCGUUAUAUGUUUAUUUAUAUACAACACUCACUAAAUCUAAAGAGGGAAUUUAAAUAAUAUUAAAAUUUAUGUUAGCCUAGUAACUCAGCUCCACAUAAUUCUAACUAGAUAUAGCUUGUUUAGAUUUAAAUGAUGCGCGCCAUCAUUUUACGUGCACGAGUUUGUGAUGUUCUGAUAGUGGCGGUCGUCAUUUCAACUUAGAAAAGAACUUAUAAAAAAGUGACUAUGACAAAAAAAAUCUAUAAGAUGAUUUCUAUCGUUCUAAUAAUUCUAGUUCCAGGUUUUUUAAAUUUUCACGAAUUUCUUAACUUUAUUGUGAUUUUCAUUCGUAAUUAGAACGGCCCCUGAAUCCUCUUUACGAGAUGGACUGAAUUUGAAAAUUUAAAUAAAAACGUUGAUGUGAUUUAACAUAAUUUCGUUCGCUAUGUAGUGAGUUAAAUCGUUUAAGUGUUGCCAUGGUUGUUUACAAAAUAUUUGUAAUGGCAAUAUUUUAUCCGCGCGUCAUAUCCACAAGGUGGCACCACAUUUUAAAUUUGCUUCGUAUAAAAAUAUUGACACAAUAAAAACUAUUUUUUACCAUUUUAAUUGUGGUCAUAUCCAAUUGAACGGCAAACAGUUUCAGUCAAGCAGUCACAUAAAAUUUUAAUAAAUUGGAUUUUUUGUCGAUUGUUUCGUUCUCGAAUAUUUUAGAUCCAAUAGGUAUAGUUCUUUUCUUUAGCUAACAAUAUAAGCUAUAUAUUUUACAUUCUCUUAAGUUCUUAAAGAUCUUUUAUUCCUUAAUAUACGUUGGCUCGAAUAUUAGACCUUGUAUAUAGUAUAGUAUAUAGUGCGCAGUGAAAAUGUUCUCCCCACUAAUUUAGACAAUACUUUUUUAUUUUUUAAUUAAACGUCACAGUCUUUGUAUUAUUAGCCAUAUUUCCACUUAUAUCGUAUGUAUAAAAUAUAUUUAUACAGUAAUGUAUAAAAUAGUACAAAUAGACAAAUUAUUUUUAACAGCUUUUCUCCAUUCUCUGUUAAUUUGAAGGUUAGUUUUUUUCUAACAAACUUGCGCUGUAAUCAACGGUUGUAUGUAUACUUGUUAUGUAUUGUUAAGUAGUUUCGUUUUUAUAUCAAUAACUAUAUUUAUAUAAACACAACAUUUUUAUACUUAGAUAUUACACGAUUUAUUUUAUUUUCAAAAUUAGACAGCUCUUAGUCUAAGGCAAUUUCUUUAACGUAAAUAUAGAAUUUACAAAUUUUCUAAAAAUUCCACUUUUUAAAUUUAGUAACUUUAAAACGGACGUAUUUGAAAGUGCCAAUAUGUUUUUAAUAUUUUUAGGUUACGAUGAUACUGAGCUACAUAUCUUACAAUUAUUUCUAUUGUAUGAAAGAGCACAAAAUAUUUCUACCAUUUUGGUAGUAUUUUUAGGUUUGUGUGUUGUGUAUGUACAAUGAAAGAUUUUAAAUUAGUUGCCUUAAUGUUCUAUUUAACAUUGUAUGUGCGUGUGUAUCAAAAGUUUAUCACGAUUUUUUUAAAUAAAAGCAAUCAUCAACCGAUUUAGGAUGAAGAUAAAAAAAAAAAAACCUUAUGAUGUAUGUAUUCUGGGAUUCAUAUGUGAUAUAUGUUAAUUUAGAAUUUGUGUAAAUAAAAAUGUAUGGCUUGUAUUACAUGAAACUACCUUCCGAAUUUUAUAUAGGUAUGUCUAUUUCUUCUGAUGUUGCAUUGAAAAUAUACAUUUGAUGAAUACUAUUAAAAAUAAAGAAUGACUUUGCCUUCCUUAUAUAGAUUAGGGUAAUUGUGAACAAAUCGUAGACUUUUGCAGUGUUCAUUUUGAUUAGAACUCUUUUUGAGGCGUUUUAAGGUAUUUUGAAUAGUAUACAAUAUUUUUCAAUGUUGCUAUAAUAUUUAAAUUAAGUCACAUUCGUUCAAAAACACCUAAUUAGGAAUCAAUUUUGUUAUAUUCUUUAAAUUGUGAAAUCGAAAUAUCACGAUAUACGGAAAUAAUUUUCCUUUUCUUUUUAUUAUAUAUUUUUUAACGGUAUUUGAUAUUAAUAUGCUUAAUCUUAACUUAGACUUCAGAGAAAAAAUAUUUUCAAAAAUCAAUGUUUAUUUUUGAUUACAUAAUUAUUAGCUUGUAUAAUUAUGUGAUCAAAAUCAAAAAUAAUCAUUACUGGUGUUUAAACUUCUCAGUAGAUAACAUCUAUACAAUGCUUUACAUAAAGACAAUACACAAAUAUGGUGAUACAAAUAGAAAUCUUUUUGAUGUCUGCUUAAAAACAUUAAAAAUUGCCUUGAUAUGUAGAAAUAAAAAAGAAAAAAAAAAUUACACACUGUAUCAAUUAAAUUUGUUAAUGCUCAAAAAAUAAUUGUGUGUGAUUCGUUAUUGUAUGGAUAUGU